UCUGGGCAGCAGGCUUCUGUGGGAGGAGGAGGCACCUUUCAGGAGUAUCUGGGGACUCUGCCAAGGCGGCAGAGCAGUUUCAAACCGCCGUGGCGCACAGUGACAUAACACCGAGCUGUUUUCAUCAGUCGCUGAAAAGUUACCACCCAUUAAAAAUCUGCCAAUGACAAGGAAGAGAAACUCUGGGGGCGAUGUGUGAGUUUUGUUUGGUGCAGACGGCUUAAGUUCGGAGGAUGUUUUGGAUAUGGCCUCUUUUUUUUUUCCUAGAGAGUUCACUUUCGUGGUCGCUGUAGUUUUGCAGCAGAGCUCGGAGCAUGCAGCUUAUACAAACAAACUGGGCUGAUCCCGGUCCUGACUCCCUGCUUUAGCUCACCUCUCAGGCCGGGGCCGGGGAGGAGAUGAGCGCUCAGGAUGGGACUGUGUCUCGGUACCGAAGUCACGGAGGAGAAGAAGGCGAGGAUCCACAGCGCCAAGAUAGACAGGGAGCUGUACGAGUCCGCUAAGAAGGAGAUGAAUGUGGUCAAAAUACUGCUGCUAGGUGCAGCAGAGAGCGGUAAAAGCACAUUGGUCAAACAGAUGAAGAUCAUCCACAGCAAUGGAUUCACCAAGCAGGAGCUCACCAGCUUCAAGCCUGCAGUGCUAGAUAACCUCCUGACCUCCAUGAAGUUCGUCCUACAUGGCAUGGGCGUCCUCAGGAUCAACCUGGCUAACAGCAGAAAUAAGAUCCACGCUCAUUCUGUCCUCUCGUGUGGGCGAUGUUUUGACGAAGAUCAGGUACUGUUUCCUUUCCUCGGCCACGCCCUCUCCUGCCUGUGGGCUGACCAGGGGGUGAGAGCCGCAGCAUCCAGGGGAUACGAGUACGAGCUCAAUGACUCUGCUCUGUAUUUCUUUGAGAACAUGAUCCGCAUCACGUCUACAGAGUACGUUCCCACGGAGACGGAUGUUCUGCGUGUACGACUGAGGACGACGGGCGUGAUCGAGACCCAGUUCAAAGUCAACCACCUCAUUUUCAGGAUGUACGAUGUUGGAGGCCAGAGAACUGAGCGGAGGAAGUGGAUCGGUUGUUUUGAGGACGUUAGAGCGGUGCUGUUUGUCGUGUCGCUCAGUGGCUAUGACAUGACUCUGGUGGAAGACGCCUCCAUGAACCGUCUUCAGGAGAGUUUAAAACUCUUCUCAUCCAUCUGCAACAACAUUUUCUUCCGCAGCACAUCUAUGAUCUUAUUCAUGAACAAGAUAGACCUUUUUCAGGACAAGAUUCUACACUCCGGCCGACACCUGCGGUUAUACCUGCCACAGUUUAAAGGUGCAGACUGCGACGUGGAUUCUGCUGCCCGCUUUAUUUCCGCAACCUUCGUCUCACUCAACACCACGCCCAGCAAACUCAUCUACCACCACUUCACCACGGCAACCGACACCUCCAACAUCCAGGUGGUCUUUCAGGUGGUAAUGGACACGAUAAUCAGAGAGAACCUGGAGGCUGUGUCGCUCCUGUAGCUGCAGGAGGAGAUCCUCACCGGACAUUUGGUGAUGUCCACCUUUUGGAUGUCUCAUUUUAAGAGACAAAAAAUGGAAAGAUAAAAGUUUUAAGAACAUGAGGAUAAUUUGCUCGAAAGACUCUGACGCUCUUUGCCACGGCAGCAUUUCAUCUUCUGUUAUUUUAUGUCGCUCAGAAAAAACGUUUGAAAAACACUGAAGGAGAAGGACCUCUUUGAUUAAAUCUUCAGGGCUGAGCCCUAAAAUGUCUCCUUUUAAAACUUUGUGUUGAGAACUAUAGGCAUUCAUAAUGUUUUUGCUGAACGAUAGAUCAUGCCUUUGAAUAUUGAUAGUAUGCCAUUUAUUUGCCAAUCUCUUCGUGUGUGUGUGUGUGUGUGUGUGUGUGUGUGUGUGUGUGUGUGUGUGUGUGUGU